CUAUUCUGCUCUAGUCAGUAGAAGAAUAUUGAAGCUGACUUGAAAUUUUCAGUAUUUUUGACAGUACGGAAAGAAAGUUCCAUCAACUUUCUGCAUAAAAUUUUGACACAUUAAUAAUAGAACAAAUCUAAAACAAAGACGAGUUGAAAAAGAUAGAAAAAGUGGCAAAGAUGUUGUGGAUGAGGAAUAAAACACCACAAACAAACCUCCACUUCUGAAAAUUACAAGUGGUCGUGCAUUGCCUUAGAAGAGUGGGAACUGACACAAGAAGCAGUAUGUUAAAAAUGACCCACUUAAGAAUAAACAUUCAUAUAUUCUCUUUUUCUACUUCUUAAGUACACAUGCAAAUAUAUACAUAUGCACAUAAGAUCUUGUUGAAUGUGCACGCACUGUACAUCAUGGUUUCAAAAAUGGCAGAAAAAUCAUUUGAAACUCCUCCUAGAAGUUCUGAAAGUUCACCAAUUCUAGCCUCUCCUUUGGGUACUCCUUUGAGAAAGGUAUUCAAUAGAAUUUCAGGUUUUGCUUCAACUUGGGGUGGGAAAACAGCCUCCCCAGGUCGUAGGAUUUUCCAUAGGGAUGUGGAACAGGAAGAGUUCCAGUAUGCAAGUGCUCAUUGUCUCUCAUCAUACUAUAGUGUUUUUGUAGCUCGCCUUGCCAUCAUGGUCAUGCUUGCUAUUUUGAUUGGGCUGCUAACAAUUCUAACAUGGCAUUUUACAAGGAUGUAUACAACAAAAUCACUAAACACCUUAGCUUUUGGUCUUCGUUAUGAACUUCUUCAGUGGCCUAUCUUACGGAUGUGGAACGUCUUAAAUUCUACCUCAGAAAUAACAACUGCCCAGGUCAAGUUGUCAGAAUAUGUAAUCAGGCGGUACAGCAAGGCUACCACUCAGGCAGAGCAAGUUGAGCUGUAUCAAAUGAUGAAAGACAUAACAUGGGCACUAUUUGCCAGUCGUAAAGCUCUUAAUGCCAUAACCAUAAAUUACAAAAAUGGAUUUGUCCAGGCAUUCCAUAGAGACCACAGGAGUGACAACACAUUUUAUAUCUACUCUGAUCUUGCAAAUUAUUCAAUCAGUGGCAGUGGCAGUGAGUCUUAUGGCAACAAAAUGCUUUCAUCGCGACAAGGGUGGAAUGACCAAUUCAUUCGCGGUAAUGUUUCUGCAAUAUGGUACCGUGAACCACUUGAUCCUGUCACUGGGGAGAAGACAGGAAAGGCACUGCCAGUUCCACCAGAUGAUCUUAUCUAUAUAGCAGGCCCUUCUCAAGUGCCUGAUGGGGUGGCUUCAUGGCAUGUUGCAGUCAGUAAGUAUACAGAUUCACCGUUGCUUUCUGCAGCACUGCCAGUAUGGGACGCUUCGAAUACUAGUAUUGUAGCUGUUGUAGGUGUCACCACUGCACUUUAUAGCGUAGGCCAGUUGAUGAAAGAACUGGUUGAAGUGCAUAGUGGAUACAUAUAUUUGACCUCACAAGAGGGUUACUUACUGGCUACAUCCACAAAUGCUCCUCUUUUAAAAAAUACAACAAAGGGGCCCCAGCUUAUGAUGGCUGUUGAUUCAGAGGAUCAUGUGAUACGAAUGGGAGCUCAGUGGUUGCAGAAAGCCUAUGGUAACAAGUUUCCUCCUGGUCAUGUGGUUCAUGUGGAGACGGCCAAUCUUGGCGGCCAGCAUUAUUACAUUGACUCAUUUUUUCUGAACCUAAAACGAUUACCUAUGGUUGGAGUAAUCAUCAUUCCAAGGAAGUAUAUAAUGGGGAAGGUCGACGAAAGAUCCUUGAAAACAUUGGUCAUAUUAAUAUCUGCAUCUGUAUGUAUCCUAGUAAUUGGAUGUGUCUGUAUUUUGAUACUGACAAAUGGAGUAUCAAAGGAAAUGAAGCUCAGAGCAGAGUUGAUAAGUCAUCUUAAUGCAAGAAGAAGAGCUGAAGCAUCAAGCAACUAUAAAAGCCAGUUCCUUGCAAAUAUGAGUCAUGAACUAAGGACGCCUAUGGCUGCUGUUAUUGGAUUGUUGGACAUUCUUAUCUGCGAUGACUGUCUUACAAAUGAACAGUAUGCAAUGGUUACCCAGAUCCGUAAAUGCUCCACAGCUCUACUUCGGCUUCUCAACAACAUAUUGGAUCUGAGCAAGGUUGAAUCUGGAAAACUGGUGUUAGAAGAAGCUGAGUUUGACUUGGGACGGGAACUUGAAGGACUCGUCGAUACGUUCUCAGUACAGUGCAUUAACCACAAUGUGGAGACUGUUCUGGAUCUCUCUGAUGAUAUUCCAAAAUUAGUUAGAGGAGACUCUGCCAGAGUUGUUCAAGUUUUUGCAAAUCUAAUAAGCAAUUCCAUCAAGUUCACAACAUCGGGUCAUAUCAUCCUGCGUGGAUGGUGUGAAAAUCCCAAUGUGUCUAGUAAUUAUGGGAAGUUUUCUCCCGAUCAGAAGAAACCACUGUCUGCACUAAAGACCAAGUUGAAGCAACAUGGAAACCAUAUGAAGAAGGCCAGCAAGAGAGACAACAAAAUGAUUCUUUGGUUUGAAGUUGAUGACACCGGUUGUGGAAUUGAUCCAAGCAAAUGGGAAUCUGUGUUUGAGAGCUUUGAGCAAGCUGAUCCUUCAACAACUCGGACGCAUGGUGGCACAGGUCUUGGACUAUGCAUUGUGAGAACCUUGGUUAACAAGAUGGGUGGAGAAAUCAAGGUUGUAAAAAAGAAUGGUCCUGGAACUCUAAUGAGACUAUUCUUGCUCCUCAGUACUCCUGCAGAUGGCACAGAACAACAUGAUCAAAUGGAUUUUGCAAAGUACAGUGUAGCGGUGAUCCUUGCCCUACACGGCAGCAUGGCUAGAUUUAUUAUGUCCAAGUGGCUGUCUAGAAAUGGAGUACCCACUUUGGAAGCAUCCGAGUGGAAUGAACUGACACAAAUCCUUCAUGAACUUUUUCAUGCCAGGACUGGUAAUUGUGGUUUUGACACUCAUUAUUCACUAGGUGAACCUCUGAGAUCUAAAGUACACAGCCUACAAGACAUGAGGAACCCAGUUUACAUCAUAGUUGUUGAUCUGGAGCUGCUUGACUUGAGCACCGAUAUAUGGAAAGAACAGCUUACUUUUCUCGACAAAUUCUCUGGCCAAGUGAAUUUUGCAUGGAUACUGAAUCAUGAUACUUCCAAUGCAAUAAAGAUGGAGCUUCGCAGGAAAGGACAUAUAUUGAUGGUUAAUAAACCAUUGUACAAGGCAAAAAUGAUUCAUAUUUUGGAAGCUGUCAUAAAGGAGAGAUAUGUUGAACUUCAAAAUACAAGUCCAAAUGGAACAAAAGGUAGAGCAAAAGAAGGUGAUUCUCAUGAAUGUCUCGAAAUUGAUUCAACUCAUUUUGAGACUUGCAGCUCUGAUGGUUCUGAUACUUCUAUGAGUUCUGUGCACACUGGAGAACAACCAAGAGAAAGAACCAUAAAAUCUAAUCCAUCAAACUGCCAGACAGUUAAGAACUGCCUAGUUGAAUUCACCCAUUUAGGUUCAGAAGCGAACAAUCCGAGGGCAGAAGAGGACCAAUGUAAUGCCAAAGAUAGAGAUAAUUUAUAUACAAGUAAGGCAGCAAAUGGACAGAAAUCUCUUGAAGGCCUACGGAUACUGCUUGCAGAAGAUACACCUGUUCUCCAAAGAGUAGCAACCAUAAUGCUGGAAAAAAUGGGAGCCACAGUAAUUGCUGUUGGGGAUGGGCUGCAGGCUGUAGACGCCCUGAGCUGCAUGCUUUGCGGAGAAGAGCAUAGAAGGGAGUCCUCAUUGCAAGGAUUGCAGACAGAAAUUUGUGAUUCUCCUCCAUAUGAUUUGAUUUUAAUGGAUUGUCAAAUGCCAAAGAUGGAUGGAUAUGAAGCAACAAAAGCAAUCAGGAAAUCAGAAGCAGGGACCGAUUGGCACAUUCCCAUUGUUGCCUUGACAGCCCAUGCAAUGUCAUCAGAUGAAGCAAAAUGCUUGGAGGUGGGCAUGGAUGCUUAUCUAACAAAGCCAAUUGACUACAACUUGAUGGUGUCCACCAUUCUUUCACUCACUAAAAGAUCAGCCUAAAGUUUCCUGCUGAGCAAAGUUGCUAACCAAAGAAAAAUGUUUUAGGCGGCUUCAAAGGUAAAGAUGGAUGCUAGUUUUUUGGAGAAAAAAAAAAAAGAGUUUAACAUGUCCAUUGUACGUAGGAGUAUAAGCAAUUUUCCUGUCUUAGAAAGUGCUUUUAUCUACAUAUGAAUAAUUUCAUGCUUGGGUUGUUUUUUUAGUUAAUGUAACAGGACAAUAUGUAAACAGCCAAAGCCAAGUAUUAAUCUAUCUAUAUCUAUGUUUAUAUAUGUAUAGCCAUGCAUCCAUCUUUAAAAAUAACAU